AGUGUAUCCAGUCUAUGAGUGGUGUUAGUGCGCGUCUGUUUCAACUCGCAGCCUGACAGAAUUUGUUUUAUGUUUUUGUUUUUUUUGUGUGUGUGUAAUCACGCCUACACAGUGGCUGCCAAGGCUUACCCAUGAGUUAAACCUUCUUUAGUUGGUAAUGAGGAAGGCGUGGGCUCUAGCAGUGGAUACCUGAAGGCAGCAGAGGGUGAAAGCAAGCAAAAUAAAGAAAAGUUUGGCUGUGAGAAGGUGCUAGACAGCCAGCCAUAGUGACGAGGGGGCAUCGUCCACCAGCCAUCACCACCACAGGGAAGUGUGCUGCGAGCCGCCGUAGUGAGGAGGAUUGUGACACUCGCUGCUGCUACAUUACAUCACCGGCGCCAUGGCUGCCAGUAUAGAGUUUUACAAGGAACAGGCCAAGAAAAUGCUGUAUGAGAAGAACAAAUUCACGGACAUACUGGCGCAGGUGGAGGCGAAGACCCAGGUGAAGAGGGAAUACCUGGCGCUAGGUGCCGUGGUGCUGGUGAGCCUGUACCUGGUGUUCGGCUAUGGUGCUCAGCUCAUCUGUAAUGGCAUCGGCUUCGUCUACCCAGCGUACUGCAGCAUUAAGGCGCUGGAGUCCCCCAAGAAGGAGGAUGACACUCGCUGGCUCACCUACUGGGUUGUGUUUGCCCUCUUCUCAGUGACAGAGUUCUUCUCAGACCUCCUCCUCUCCUGGUUCCCUCUCUACUGGCUUGCCAAGUGCCUGUUCCUGGUGUGGUGCUUCAUGCCUGUCUCCUGGAAUGGCUCUGAUGUCAUCUACACUCGAGUGGUACGGCCUUUCUUCAUGAAGCACCAGACUGGCAUCGACUCAGUCAUGUCCAAGGUGGCCGGCAAACUGGACCAGCUGGGUGACGAUGUUGUUAAGGUGGCCGGUGAUGCUGUCAAGUCUGACUAAGAGUUGUGUAGCACAGCAGUGAGGGAGGGACAGACAGAGUCGCUGCCUCACUUGCUCACAUUCACUCUCAACCCAGCCAGCCAGCCAACCAGCCAGCAGACAACCAGUGUAUGCUUUGCUAUAAGAAUGGUUAAUAAAUGAUAACUAUGAUAAUCAUCUGAAGGAUAUAGUCUUGCCAUCACUCAUGUAUAUAAAAAUUAAAUAAUGUGCUUGACACACACACACACACACACUACGUACAUACAUACACGCAGCACGCUAAGUAACCAACUGCUUCUCGCUACGACUACAAUCUCAGUCUCAAAGUGUAAAAAUACCACAAAUGUCAAUCCACUGACCUGCUCAUCUUUCUCCAUAAUAUGUCCUUUCCCCGACCAGCUGCUGCCCAGAUAGCUUCCCUGCCUUGUCUCAGGACAGGACAUGCACGUUUGUUUAGGAUACAACUUGUCCAUAAUGUUAAGCAGAAAGACACCUGAGAUGCUGUAACACAGAUAUAUUUUUGUUAUUUGAAAUAGUAUGAUUAUGUUGUAACUAAAGAUUAAGUUGGAAAUUUCAUAUGUUAUUCAUUUAUUUAUUUAUUUAGUUAUUUUAUUUUAUUUUAUUUUUUUUUUGCGAUCUCAUGAUAAGAGGAAUUGAGCAAACAAAAGAGAAUAGCAAAAAAAAGUCCUGUUAUGCAUAACCUCAAAAUUUGAUAUUGAAGAACACUGAGGUUGAAAAACAUGGCCUUUAGCAGCACAAUCAGGUGGCCAGGUCAGUGUAUUGGCACAGUAGUUAAUCUAGUCACAUCAGAAACUGUUGCUUUUACACACUCCUCCUCCUCUUCCUCUUCUUCUAAAUCCAGAUAGGCAAGAAAAUGCUUUAUUUCUUUGUGUUGAGUUUGUGUGCCUCCAGUGUCUGUAUAUUGAGGAUGGAGGACUUGCAUCAGUUAGUAUUCUUCUUCACUCUCCUUGUGUGACUCAGUUAGUUUUGUCGUUCGUGUUAGUCAAGUCACGUGGAUCCCGUUACUGCUCCCCACAAACCAAAAGCCCUCUUUUUCACAGCCUUUAUAUUAAUAUGGGGAUAAAUAAAUUUUUUUCAAGAAGA